GUCAGUGUUGAGGACCGAUGCUCUUACGCAUUUGACGUAUCACUCGGUUUAUACUACCUUCAUAACAAACGAUGCAUGCAUAGGGACAUAGCAUGUAGGAAUUGUUUGAUUGAUAAUCAGCGAAAUAUUGUCAAAAUAUCCGAUUUUGGUUUAUCGAAACAAGCAGAUCGAUAUAAAAUUCAAGGCUCUGAAAGGAUACCAGUUAAAUGGCAAGCUCCAGAAGUGAUGAGUACAUUAGUUUAUACGAGGGAAUGUGAUGUUUAUUCGUAUGGAAUUCUGGUCUGGGAAAUAUUCAACGAUGCUAGACAGCCAUUUGAGGAGUUCUCCAAUAGGACUGUUCGGCAUCGGUUAGCGGAGCCAAACUUUCGACCGCCACUAUCCCCUGAUAUGCCGAUCGAAAUACGGGUAAUUGUUGCUGCUUGCUGGAAUUCGAUCCCUGAUCACAGGCCGAUAAUGAAGGAUGUUGCGUGGAUCCUUAGGAAGUUCAUCAGACACACGUGA